AAGCCAUUUAAGGUCAUACUGAAGUAAACAUUUUUGGCGCCGCCGGCAAAUUGUUUCGUUAAUCCAGGAAUAACAAAGAAAAUAGAGGAAAAUGCGAGCUGUUACAGAACCCGAUCACUGCAUCCAACUGAACGAGACCAUCUAUUGCUUCGAGAUUUGCACCAAUGACUUUGCCUACAACCUAAUCGCAGUGGCGCUCAAAAAGGAAAUCAGCUUGAUACUCGUAGGACUGCCGGAGGAGAGCGGCGACUUUGGGUACACCCACCUGCAGGACCUGGACGUGAGCGACAAGGAUCAGCGGUGCGUCAGCGCACUGGCCUUCUCGCCGGACACCUCGCUGAACUGCACCCCCAACAAUGUGACUGUGUGCGCCGCCCAGGGCAGCCAGCUGAAGAUACUGCGCACCGAUCUGGGCCAGUUCAACACGCUCCAGGUCCUCCACGGCCACGGAGACUAUGUCAACGACGUAUCUUGGGUCUGCGAGGGCGAGCUGCUGGCCUCCGUCAGCGAUGACUUCACCUGCCGCUUUUGGACGACGGCAGGCAGCGGGGAGAAUGUCAUCACCUUCGGCCUGUCCUCUGCUGGCAUGUCCAUCAAGAGCCACCCCGAGGAUCCCAAUAAGGUGCUGGUGGCGGAAAAGAAAGGCAUCAUCCAUCUGUACAAUGUGAGGAGCAAGCAGACGGUCAUCUCCGUGGAGUCACCCAAGUUCCCGCUCAUGUCGGCGGAUUGGGCCAACAGCAAUAGGCUGUUCAUCACCUCUCUGGCUGGCGGGGACGUUGUCACCUGGGACCUCAACAGACCCUUUGUGCCCGCCGAUGUCAAGCAGGUCCACGAGGAUUGCGGCCGAGUGGUUCGAUUUGCACCGGGAAGCUCAGAAAUGGUCAUCGCCCUGAUCAUCGGACUCACACUCAAGGUUUUCGCAGCCAAGUCCACGGUGCCAUUGCUGGAGGCUCCCCUGAAAACCUUCGGCGGCAUGGCCUGGCAUCAUCGAUUGCCCUAUAUCACGGCGGUCUCUGACAGAAAACUGCUCUUCUGGAAAGUGCAAAUGAAGUAAAGCUGGUGAACACUUUGUUAAUAUAAAAUAAAAUUUAUCUUUUUAUUUAUAA